AUGACGAACGCAACAGACCCACUCGCCUUGGCCGGCGUACUGGACGCCCAGUUCUCGAGGCACUGGCCCACAGCCACGGCCGGCGUCGUCUUUGUCGUUUUCGCCUUGCUGGCACAGAGCUGGCUCGCCGUUGACCCGCUGGCCGACGUCCCCGUCGUGGGCAAGGGAGGAAGAUGGGCCCGGCGAAAGCAAUACCUGCAAGGCCAAGGAAACCAACUUUACAUCGACGGUUACAAGCAGUUCAAGGACAGCAUCUUCCGCCUCACGACGUCAAAGAAGAAGGAUACCAUUUGCGUUCCUCCCAAAUACCUCCCCGAACUGAAGAAAGCACCCGACGAUGUCAUUAGCUUCACCAAAGCCAUCGAUGAAUCCAUGCAAUCCCAGUACACAAAGAUCAGUGGCGACACGCCCAUCUUGGUCCAUGCCGUCAGGGCCUCGUUGACCCCAGCUUUGCCCCGCCUGAACGCGAGCAUCUCGGACGAGGUCGUCGAGUCGAUGCGCCUCGAGCUGCCGCAAUCCACCGACUGGACCGAGGUCAACAUCAACGCCAAGCUGCUCCGCAUCAUCGCCAUGGUCUCGGGCCGCGUCUUCAUCGGCUCGGAGCUCUGCCGGGACGAGAGGUACAUCGAUGCCUCCAUCAACUACACCGUCGACCUCAUGACCGCCGUGCACGUCAUCGCCCUCGUCCCGUCGUUCCUGCGCCCCAUCGUCGCCACCUGGCUGCCGACGACCAAAAAGCUCUACCGCCGCAUCGCCGAGGCCGAGAGCGUCUUCCGCCCCAUCGUGACGGCCCGGAGGGAGGCCGCCGCCGCUAACAGGGACGACUAUCGGGAGCCGGACGACAUGCUCCAGUGGAUCCUCAACGCCCAGACAAAGUUCGGCCAGCUCAGCGACCGUGACCUCGCCUCGGCCCAGCUCGGCAUCAGCUUCGCCGCCAUCCACACGACCACCAUGACCACAACCAACGCCAUCUACUGGCUCGUGGCGAAGCCGGAGCUGAUCCCCAUGUUGCGGGAUGACGUGCAGCAGGCGUUGCUCGAGUCAGGGGGAGAAUUCACGAGUGGGGCCCUGCAGAACAUGAAGAAGCUCGACAGUUUCCUGAAGGAGGUUAUGAGAGUCUCCCCGCUUUCUGCCGGCUCCUUCACGCGCAAGGUCCUCAAGUCCCUGACGCUCCCCAACGGCCAGACCAUCCCCGCGGGCAUGAACAUCGAAACGCCCGCCGCCGGCGUCAACACCGACCCCGAAAUCUUCCCGGACCCGGAGGUCUUCGACGCCCUGCGCUUCUACCGGCUCCGCGAGGCCAAGGAGCACGCCGCGUCUGGCGCCAAGGCCGCCGAGGUCGUCAUGCAGGCCCAGUUCGUGAGCGUCGGCACCACGCACCUGACGUUCGGCUACGGCAAGCACGCCUGCCCCGGCCGCUUCUUCGCCGUCAACGAGAUCAAGAUGAUCAUGGCCAACGUCCUCUGCUACUACGAUGUGAAGCUGCCGGAUGGCGAGACGGGUCGCUACGAGAACCUGGUCUUCGGCGCGAGUUCCGUUCCCGACCCCAAAAAGACAAUUAUGAUUAGGAAACUGUGA